ACAUUUUUAUUUUCAUUUUAUUUUCGAACGAAAUGCUCAUCUGAAAAACUGUCUCGAAAUUUAUUCAGUUAAGUCAUUUUGUUUCUCUUAUAAAAUUUGAAAAUUCGUAUAAGUCAAGGGCAAUGCAAAAGGAUGCUAAGGAUGACAAGCCGCAACGUCCCGAUCCCAUCAUUUCGAUUUUAGGUAGCGACUUGGGACGUUGGCAGUUGUAUGUUUGUUUAUGGAUUUUUUUGUCUAAGCCACCCACCGGUUGGGUGCAAAUCUCUAUGGUAUUCCUACAGUCUCCUGUAAAAGCCACAUGCAAAGGUGGCGGUGGUGGUGGCAAUGGCACAGAUGUCUGCGAAGCCAAUUGCGAUGGAUACGAUUAUGAUCAUAGCAUAUUCGAACAAAAUAUUAUUAUGGAAUGGGAUUUGUUAUGCGAUCGCCGAUGGAUUCAACAAUUAGCACAAUCACUGGUCAUGGUGGGCAUUAUGUUGGGUAACAUGAUUAUGGGCCUGUUGGCGGAUAGGUGGGGACGUCGUCCUAUGUUUGUGAGCUCAUGCAUGCUACAGUUGGUUUCCGGAUGUCUAGUUUCGGCAUCACCAUGGCUUUGGUUUUUUAUGUUGAUGCGAUUUUUGGACGGUUAUGCCACCGGCGGCACCAUGUCUACUGGAUUCACGAUCAUCAUGGAAAUUGUGGGUAAAAGUAAGCGUGAAAUGAUGGCCAUACUCUAUCAGAUUCCUUUUAAUUUGGGUCAUGCCACAUUGCCGCUCUUCGCCUACUUUUUACGUCAUUGGCGUUGGUAUCAUCUAUCCUUUUCAUCAUUUUCAAUUGUGUAUAUACUUUUCUUUUGGACUGUGCCGGAAUCCCCACGCUGGUUGGUUACGACUGGACGCACUGACGCAGCCACUGCAUUGCUUGAGAAAGCUGCUGCGCGCAAUAAACAACCUACCGAUAGAGUACGUCAUGACGUAGAAGAAGCCCAGAAGGCCGUUGCAUCAGCUACAUCUCAAAAGGGUAGUCUUGCUGAUUUAUUUAAGUAUGGCUAUCUGCGCCAAAAGACUAUUGCGAUGGCUUUCAAUUGGUUGGUUGUUUGCUUGGUUUACUAUGGCUUAUCACAGUAUAUGACUUCGCUGACUGGUGAUAUGUUCCUCAAUAUUUUGGUGGCUGCGCUAAUGGGUGUACCAGGCACCUGUUUGUGUGUGCCGGCCACUAAGUAUAUGGGGCGUCGUUUUACACUCUUUUUAUCCAAUCUUACCAGCGGUGUUUCGUUGACUCUCUUGGCGUUUGGCCACAAUUUUAGCGGCAUUGUGCAAGUAAUUUUAGCAACAAUUGGUCUCUUUGGUGCAUCGGUCACAUUUCCUAAUGUCUAUUUGUAUGCUGGCGAGCUGUUUCCGACUGUCGUUCGUCCGACAGGUGUGGGUUUGUGUUCGUUUGUUGGACGUGUAGGCUCGAUUAUAGCGCCAUGGAUAGAGGGAUUGAAACAACGUCAUAUUUGGAUACCGCCAGCGUUUUUUGGAGGUUUUGCCCUCUUGGCCGCUGCUUCAGUUUUUCUUAUGCCGGAAACGAAGGGCUAUCCAUUGCCGGAGACAAUUGAAGAUGGUAAUACGUUUGGGAAGAAACCAAAGCCUACAAGCUGAAAGGAUGAAAUAUAUUUAAAAGAAAAUAUUCAGAUUUGUAUAACAAAACAAUGACUGAAAAAAAAUUGUAUGUAGUUUAGUACCUACAUAUUUGUUAU